AUGGGUGGGCUGUCUAAGCGAAAAAUUGACCAUGAAAGCCGCGAGAUGGGAGCAAAAUGUGCUUAUGAUAAGUGCUUAAUGCACCAGAUUGGCAUCCCACGGGACGCCAAAUUCGUCACUCUAUAUAAAAUGGAUUGGGGCUUAUGCUCUACGGAUAAUAUCAACCUUAAUCGCAAGCUGUGCUUGCUAGCGGAAGCUGUUUUCGCUAGUAUACUUGGUGCAUAUAUGGGAAUAGUGAGUAAAGAGCUACGGAUGACAUGUCCGUACGGAGAUCCCAAAAUAGUAUUCGAUUGGGCUGGGGCAUGCACGCAUUCAUCCCUUUCAGAGUCGCAAAGACUUAUAGGUAAGAAUAAGCAACCAAAGGGCAGUACGCGUCAACGCAUACCAGGGAGUGACGAAAGAAAAACAUCAGCAAUAUGA